ACGCAUACUACUACUUUACUAAGUUCAAAAGGAAGGAAGAAGAAGAAGAUGAUUUUCCAUUUUCCAAUUUCCAAUAUCCAACGUCAGAAAACGCCUUUCCUUCCUUGAAUUCAAUCAAUAUUCUCACGCGCGCCACCUACACAAAACAAAACUCUUUGUUUCCUAGUCCCCAAAUUCAGUGUCCAUUUCUUUUAUGUCAUCACUCUCUACUCUCUAACUGGGUUUUUUAAUUUCCGAACCUUAUCAAGCUUCACUAAAUGUCUACAACUUCAUUUUUCAUCUUCAUCUUCUUCGCUUUCAUUCACUUCCUACUUUACUCUUCUCAAGCGAAGUUGGUUUCUAUGAGUGUGUCAUUUGCUUCAUCUGAACCAUCAAAAGUGUGGCUAGUUAAAUCUUCGUCUGGGACAUCUUCUGCCCACAUGCCAUCUCAACCUUUUCAAGCUCCUAGCAAGACUCCAGGACCAAAACAUCCUCACCAUCCCAGACAAUACCAUCGUGUGAAACCUUAUGCCGUGUCUCCCUCCCCUUCUGAAGGCCAAGAAUGUGGCCUAAGCUGCAGGGAUCCGCUCACAACAACUCCCUUUGGUUCACCUUGUGGCUGUGUAUUUCCCUUGAAAGUCGGACUUUUACUGGAUGUAGCUCCUUUGGUUGUUUUUCCUGUACUUCGUGAGUUAGAGAUUGAACUUGCAUUCGGAACAUAUUUGAAGCAAAGCCAGGUGAGGAUAAUGGGUGUUAGUGCUGACAUUCAAAAUCAAGAAAGAACCAUAGUUGAUAUUUACCUGGUUCCACUUGGUGAAAAAUUUAGCAAUACAACUGUGGUUCUGAUAUCCCGAAGAUUUUGGCACAAGAAAGUUCCUCUAAAUAGGAGUCUUUUUGGCGAUUACACAGUUUUGUACACUAAUUAUCCAGUAUCAGGGAUGCCAUCAUCGCCACCACAUGGAACAAUAACCGGGAGUGGUCCUCUUCCCAGUGGAAGUGCAGCAGGUAUUCUCCCAUUCACUGCGAACUUUAUCAACAAGAACGAGGAAAUGACUCUGAGGACCAUAAUCAUUAUUUCUGCAUCUUCCAUUAUACUCUUUCUGGGUUUGGUUGGAGCAUUUUUCAUCAUUUUUAAGUUGAGGAAACUCCGGAGACCAUCAGGUGCCGUUCACCCGCCAUUCACAUCAUCUCUAAACAAGAGCUCAGCCAUGGAGUCUAUGCUGUCUAGCAGAAUUACAAGCUCAUCGUCAAUGUCCCAUACGUCCAACUUAGCUACUUCUGCUCUUUCUGUGAAAACAUUUUCCCUUUCUGAGCUUGAGAAAGCAACAAAUAAGUUUAGCUCACAAAGAUUAUUGGGAGAAGGAGGAUUCGGGCGUGUUUAUCAUGGGAGAUUGGAUGAUGGAACUGAUGUUGCAGUUAAACAACUAAGGAGGGAUAUUCAUCAAAGUGGAGAUCGUGAAUUUAUUGUGGAAGUUGAGAUGUUGUGCCGUUUUCAUCAUCGCAAUCUUGUGAAACUCAUCGGUAUAUGCACAGAAGGGCACAAACGGUGCAUGGUGUAUGAGCUUAUUCGCAAUGGCAGUGUCGAGUCUCAUUUGCAUGGUGUUGACCGGAUAAAUCACCCUCUAGAUUGGGAAGCACGAAAAAAAAUUGCCCUUGGAGCUGCGAGAGGAUUGGCCUAUCUUCACGAGGAUUCUAAUCCUCGUGUAAUCCACCGAGACUUUAAAGCUAGCAAUGUGUUGUUAGAAGAUGACUUUACCCCCAAGGUUUCUGAUUUUGGAUUAGCAAGAGAAGCAACUGAAGGAAGUCAUUCUAUUCCUACAAGGGUCGUGGGGACUUUUGGGUAUGUCGCCCCAGAAUAUGCAAUGACAGGCCAUUUGCUUGUUAAAAGUGAUGUUUAUAGUUAUGGUGUUGUACUGCUUGAACUUCUAACAGGAAGAAAGCCAGUGGAUAUGUCUCAACCUCUUGGAGAGGAGAAUCUAGUAGUAUGGGCACGUCCACUUUUGAAAAGUAGGGAGGGUUUAGAACAGUUGGUGGAUCCGACAUUGGCUGGAACUUAUGACUUUGAUGAAAUGACAAAGGUUGCUGCUGUUGCUUCAAUGUGUGUUCACCUGGAGGUCACUAAGAGACCCUUUAUGGGCGAAGUUGUGCAGGCUCUUAAGUUGAUAUUCAAUGACAACGAUGGCAUGGAUCGCUACAGCCGGAAGGAAUCUUCUGAUCAAGAGUCUGAUUUUAGAGGCGACCUUUCUGAUAGCAGUUGGCGGUGUGAUGAGCCUGAAGAUAUAACCUGUCGACUAGGUUUUAGGCAACCAUUAGCAUCUUCCUUCAUCACAAUGGAUUACAGUUCUGGUCCACUUGAAGAACUGGAAAACAGACAUUUUGUAGCUUCAGGUUUUGUGGCAGAUGAUAUGUCUUUAGCAAGUAGACUCGGGAAUAGAUCAGGUCCCUUGAGAACCAGCCGAAGAAGCAACCUUUCCUUUUAUAGGUUUAAUGGAAGUCAGAGUGAUCCUGCAGUACUUCCUUCCAAGCGUGUUAGGAAUGAGGGUUACUGGCCUUGAUGUUUCUUCUACUGGUGAUUUUUAGAAUUGUACAGUUUCAACAUGGAUCCAAAGUGUUAGGUAAGGCGUCUCAAAGUCCUAAAGUUUUCUAGUGUUUUUGGUAUAUAAAAAAAAUCCUAUAGUUUUCUUGUUAAGAUUGGAGAUAGAGGAUGAUGGAUUCUAAUUUUAAAAUUUCGAUUUAAAUUAUACAGGGAGAAAAUGUAAUUUGAACCAAACUUGCGUUAUAAAAUGUAGGUUUAAUUACAUUUUUAGCCA